AUGUACAGAUCUGGAGCUGUGAUGGCUUGGAAUGUGUUCAAGUUCUGUACGGCCCUGAGGGGUUUGGGCUCGAUCAUGAUAUUGUUAGUCCUUGGUGUCGUCGGUGUCACCUAUUACGCCGUCGUUAUCACCAAUUACGGCCCGGUAUUGACCGACGGCGGCCUCGAUUCUCUCGUUGCACUUGCCGUCUUGAUAUUGUUUCAUUGUCUGUUGGUGAUGCUGUUAUGGAGUUAUUUCUCUGUGGUUUUUACUGAUCCGGGUACUGUGCCUCCAAAUUGGAGGCCACUUAGUGAUGAGGAGAGAGGGGACACUGAUCCAUUGACCGGUUCAGAUAUAUCAGCCUUGCCAGUUGACCCAGCUCACCCAAGAAUCCGAUUUUGUCGGAAGUGUAACCAGAUGAAGCCACCUCGGUGCCAUCAUUGUUCUGUUUGUGGGAGGUGUGUGCUAAAAAUGGACCAUCAUUGUGUGUGGGUUGUCAACUGUGUUGGGGCACUUAACUACAAGUAUUUUCUUCUUUUCCUGUUCUACACAUUCCUUGUGACCACUCUUGUGUCUUUAGCAUUAUUGUCGCAUUUUAUUGCGUUCUUUAGCGAUGGAGAGAUACCUGGGACGCCAGGCAGCCUUGCAACCACUUUUCUUGCCUUUGUUUUGAACUUGGCAUUUGCAUUGAGUGUUUUGGGGUUUCUGAUUAUGCACAUAUCACUGGUGGCUGCAAAUACGACAACUAUCGAGGCAUAUGAGAAGAUGCAAACUCCAAAGUGGCGAUAUGACCUUGGUCGAAAGAGGAACUUUGAACAGGUGUUUGGGAUGGAUAGGCGAUACUGGUUCAUCCCAGCUUACUCUGAAGAAGAUUUGCGGCGGAUGCCUGCCCUUCAGGGUCUUGAAUAUCCUUCAAAGCCUGAUUUGGAUGCCCAGGAGUUCUGA